GAGGUGUCGUUCUUUCUUCAUCGUCUUCACAGCUCUCCCGGAAGCGAAGUAAGCCCUGAAUAAAAAUGGGUGAAUGGGAGCUCCUGGGCCGCCUGCUGGACAAGGUGCAGACUCACUCUACAGUCAUCGGAAAAGUCUGGCUGACGGUUCUGUUCGUCUUCCGCAUUCUGGUUCUGAGCAUUGGCGCCGAAAAGGUGUGGGGCGAUGAGCAGUCGGACUUCGUUUGUAACACCAAGCAGCCCGGCUGUGAGAACGUCUGCUACGACCUCGCUUUCCCCAUCUCUCACGUGCGCUUUUGGGCCAUCCAGAUUAUCGCCGUGGCCACGCCCACGCUCGUCUACCUCGGCUACGUCCUCCACAUCCUCCACGCUGAGAAGAAGAUGAAGGAGAAAAUGAAGAAGCAGGCGGGCAUGGACGACCAGGCCAUGUUGUUCCUGAGGCGGAGCUACAAAAUUCCCAAGUACACGAAGAGCAGCGGGAAAGUGAACAUCCGCGGCCGCCUCCUUCGUAGCUACGUCCUCCACCUGGUGGCCAAGAUAGCCCUGGAGGUCUUGUUCAUCGCGGGCCAGUACUUCCUGUACGGCUUGACCCUGGAUCCCCUCUACGUGUGCUCCCGCUGGCCGUGCCCCCACCAGGUGGACUGCUUCCUGUCCCGGCCCACCGAGAAGUCACUCAUCAUCUGGUUCAUGCUGGCGGCGGCACUCUUGUCGCUGGCGCUCAGCGUGGGGGAGCUGCUCUACCUGUGCAUCAAGGCCUUCAAGGAGUGCGUGACCAGGAGGCGGGACUACACCGUCACGCCUGUCUCGCACAGGAAGGCGUACACGCUCAGGGAUGACGUGGUCCAGAAUCGUGCCAACCUGGAGCUGGAGGGGCGCAAGUUUGGGGUGAUGGGCGGAGUUAAUGACAUAGCUGGAAAAAUGUCACCUGGCAACAUGGGGUCGGGGGAGGUGCAUAUCUGAGUGUGUGUGUGUGUGUGUGUGUGUGUGUGUGUGUGUGUGUGUGUGUGUGUGUGUGUGUGUGUGUGUGUGUGUGUGUGUGUGUGUGUGUGUGUGUGUGUGUGUGUGUGUGUGAGUGUGAGUGUGUGUUUGUGUGUGUGUAUUCUUGUAUUCCUUCCCUUCUUGAGACAUCAACAUGGAAAAGUACCUUUCAUGUGAGGACCGGUGAACAAGUUAGGACAUAAAUCAUGGUCCCAAUACGGAAAACCAUUGCAUCUAAUAGAGAAUGUCUCAUUUGUACCCCUGGUGGGGAAAUCUAUCAAAAUUAGGGUGGUCCCAAAAAGGAGGGAUUUUUCAAAUUGACUGUGUGUCGGUUUUAAAAUUGCUCCCCCUCUGGUCAACAUAUGAAAUAACAAGUGUGUGUAAAAUGUUGAAGUGCUCCCCCUCUGGCCAACAUAUGUAAUAAGUGUUUGUAAGAAAUUGAAAUGAGCCCCUCUUUGGCAUUAAAAAAAAAGAAAAAAGAAAUGCGCCCUCUUUAGCCAAAAUUAAUUUUAAAAAUAAAAUAUGUAUAUAGAGACAUACUAAUACUAAUAACUUGAAGUAAAUAAUGAACAUUAAAAACCAAUUACAAAAAAAAAAAAAAAAAGAAUUAACUAUAAGCUUACCUUUUUUAUAUUUGCAUAGUAUGUAUAUAUUAUUAAUGUUGUAAAUACAAAUCUUUAUAUAUCUAGAAAGGGUGGUCCUAAAGAGGUAGGCAUUUUUCAGAGGUCUCAAGAAGGUAACAAAUACAAUUUGUGUGUGAGUGUGAGUGUGUGUGUGUGUGUGUGUGUGUGUGUGUGUGUGUGUGUGUGUGUGUGUGUGUGUGUUCAUGUGUGUGUGUGUGUGUGUGUGUGUGUGUGUGUGUGUGUGUGUGUGUGUGUGUGUGUGUGUGUGUGUGUGUGUGUGUGUGUGUGUGUGUGUGUGUGUGUGUGUGUUUUCUUGUAUUCCUACCCUUCUUGAGACAUCAACAAGGAAAAGUGCCUUCCAUAUGAGGACCGGUGAACAAGUUAGGACAUAAAUCAUGGUCCCAAUACGGAAAAGCAUUUCAUCUAAUAGAGAAUGUCUCAUUUGUACCCUUGGUGGUGAAAUCUGCCAAAAUUAGGGUGGUCCCAAAACGGAGGGAUUUUCCAAAUUGACUCUGUGUCGGUUUUAAAAGUGCUCCCCCUCUGGCCUACAUAUGUAAUAACAAGUGUGUGUAAGAAAUUGAAAUGUGCCCUCUUUGGCCGAAAUUAAUUAAAAAUAAAUAUAUAUGUAUAUAGAGACAUACUGUAAUAACUUGAUGUAAAUAAUGAAGAUUAAAAAUAAAUUACAAACAACAGAAACAAAACUAAAACCAUACAUUUUUUAUAUUUACAUAGUAUGUAUGUAUUAUUAAUGUUGUAAAUACAAAUCUUUAUACAGCUAGAAAGGGUGGUCCUAAAGAGGUAGGCAUUUUUCGGCGGUCUCAAGAAGGCACCAAAAUACAAGAAUGUGUGUGUGUGCGCAUGUGAAGGUGAUAGUUAAUUUUUUUUGUAGCUGAAUUUAAGCAUCUUUUAUCAAAAAAGUUUCAUAUUCAAUCUUCUUGUUUGACCUUUUACCUACUACAGUAUUAUAUAUUAUCACUGUCCUAUGAAAAAGGCCUGAGUCUUUAAUUUUGGGGAAAGUAAGAUACUAUUUUGUCUUUGUUCGGGGGCU